AUUGCCACCAUUAUUCACAAACCUGUAUUCUAACUGUUCAGUUACAUAGAAAUUAUCAUUACACGUGAUUAGACAUAUAUUCUCUACUGCUUGAAUUCUUUCAACAGCUGUAAGACAAAGAAGCAAUUUGAAGAAAUUAUAUGCCAUAAAAAUUAUUUAGUAAACACUAAACAUAGUAAUAUUAGUUAUUAUAAUUAUCAUUAAGUUGAGUGUUGAUACUUUCUUGUUGUUAUAUCCACUCUAAAGUGUAAAGUAUGUUAACAAUGCAAUCGAAUUAUUAUACGGCAAGAUCUGAUACACGUCUUAAUGGUCCUGUUAUACCUUCACAAUUGACAAAUUAUCCUUUACAGAAUCAACAAAUUGCCCAUCAACAACAACAACAAUCACACCCUCAGCAUCCUCCCCAUCAUCAUCAGCAGCAACAACAACAAUCUCAAGCACAUAGUGUACAUGAACUACGCUUACCUCCGAUUAUAUCCUCGGGAACAGUCAAUAGUGAUUCAAUUAAUCCACCUGAUUUAGUACAUAAUUCAAGUUCAUCUGAAGAACAUUUGAAUUUCUCAACAUUGAGACAAUCAGGUAUAAGACGUGAUAAAAUUAAUAGUCAAGAUUGGAUACAAAAUAAUCCUGAGUGUAAUAUGAAACUUAGUUAUGUAACAGGUCAAUCAUCACCGACAAAUGAAGAAUUGUCAGCUUCAUCGACACGUUUACGACUUAACUGCUCUGUAUCGAAUGGACAUUCUCCGAGUAAUUCAUCUCCAUCACCUUCGCCAACAACUAUAACAACUUCAGCCAAUAAUACAAAUAGUAACAGUAAUAAUAACACUAAUAGCCGACUAUUAAAUCAACAAUUUUAUUCUGAUAUAAAUUUAAUUCGUCAGUCAAAUGAUUUAAUAUCCACUUCUGCUACAAAUGUAUACGGAAGAAAUGGACCAAAGGAAUUAGAUUAUUUAUUGGCGGCAAAUGCAGCUGCUGCACUUGUCAGUCAACUUGGUGGUGGAACGUCUGUGAAUACUUUAAAUUCAAAUUUAACUAUGGAACAGUUAAAUAACAAUUCAAAACUUAUACAUCGUGAUAUGAAUUCAGUUGAACAAUUUACAAGUAAAGAUUUAUUCAUACCUAAUGAUUUACGAUACAGCAGUGGUAAUAAUCAAAAUAAUAAUAGUAAUAGUAAUAACAAUACUACUAAUGGGAUUAUUAAUAGUCCUAAUGCAGCUAACAACAAUAUGAAUUUAUCAUAUGAAGAUCAACAGAGACUUAUGUACUCUGGUACGGAACAGAAGUAUACGAAUUCAAAUCAACUCAAAUCCUAUCCAAAUGGUUUACUAAAUCCUUUUAAUGGAACUAAUUUUAUGCGUCCAAUGGUACAAUCUAAUGGAUUGAUGACACGUAAUCCAAAUAACGCCUUUCAAUCAAAUACUUCAGCCACCGCUGUUCAUAGUAGUAACAAUAAUACUAAUAGUGAUAGUAGUAGUAGCAGCGUCAGCAUUAAUAAUGAUUCUCGUACUCAUCUAUAUGAUAUUUCGUCUUUCAAUGCUCAUAAUCCAUACUCUCUUACAAACCCAUUUCAUUUUAAUUCACGUUCAACUAAUCAAUCAUAUGCGAAUGAAUCAAUGAAAUUAAAUGGGAAUUUAUCCCUACGUGAUACAAAUUAUCAUGCCUUAUUGAAUGGAUCACCUUUUGGUAACAGUAAUCAUAACAACAACAACAACAGUAGUAGUGGUGUAGCAUUUCGAUCAUUAAUUAAUCCAGAGACUCAAUCAUCCUAUCUUUCCACUUCUUCUGAGUUAAAUCAAUCAAUACAAGGUGUACUGAUGAAUUCAUCAAUGGAUAAUACAAAUUCAUUAUUGAAUGAUAAUAACAGUUGUACUGGACAGUCGUUACGACAGAAUUCAAAUUCAAAUGAAUCGAAUGUAGUUGUUUAUCCAUGGAUGAAUCCUAAAGGAUCUGACAUAACUGUGGAUCAGAAACGUACCCGACAAACGUAUACGCGUUAUCAAACCUUAGAGUUAGAAAAAGAAUUUCACUUCAAUAAAUAUUUAACGCGUAGACGAAGAAUUGAAAUAGCGCAUACGCUCACUUUAACUGAAAGACAAAUUAAAAUCUGGUUCCAAAAUCGAAGAAUGAAAUGGAAAAAAGAUCAUAAUAUAGCUAAAUUGAAUGGUCCUGGUACACUGGAACAACUUGAAUUAGCUGAACAAGGAUCAACUAUUUCAACAAUAGGUCGUAAAAAUCAUAAAGAUUCCUCACUAUGUGAUGAUAGUGAUGAAGAGUGUAUAAAACGUAAACGAUUAUCUGUUGAUGAGUUUGGUACAAUAGAUACAAUAUCCAGCAGUGCAUAUCCUUCAGAACAUAAUAUUUCUGACAAAGGAAGAAAUUUAAAGCAUGAUUAUACGCUAACACAUAGAAAUAAAUCACGGCAUAUUCAUCACCGUGGUAAACACAAUGUUAGUGGUAAUGAUGAAGAUGAUGAAAUAGAAGACGAUGAAGAUGAUGACAUUGAUGACGAUGAAGAUGGUGUUGAUAAUAGUAUGAUAAGUAGAGAAAGAGGAAAAGAGCAUCAUCGAAAUCUAUUAAAUCUACCCUCAACUACAUCCAAUAAACAUUCAUGGUCUUUAAAUCAAGCGGAAAAAAUGAACAAUUUUCAUAUUGCUGACAACCUUUACUUGAAAGUUCAACAAACAGGAGUAAAUCCAGAAUCAUUAAUGUUUAGAAAUGAAAUUGAAAAAAAUUGGCAUUCAUAAAUCAGGAAUUUUUAAAGUCAUAACUGUGAAAAUGUGUCUUCAACUUAAAUUUAUUUGUAUAAGCUUUUUAAAUAUUCAUUAAUAAGAAACAUAAUCGGAGACAGACAGAAUACCAACUUCAAAAGGGAAUCACAUGAAAGAUCAAAUCUACCAAAACAAUUAACUUUUUCCUUUUUAUCCUUUCAAAUAUUCUUUAUAUUAGUGUAGAUCAAUUUUAAUUAUAUUAUUUGUUGUAAAUAGUGAGUACUGUUCAAUCAAAUUAUAAUCUUUAUUCAUUUAACUACAUAAUAUCUGACUACCUCAGUAAACUUAAAAUACUACUGAUUACUAGAAGGAUGCACAUUCAUCUGAAUACUUGUCAUCUCUCCAGCUAGGUUGCAGAUUAAUUCAUCAAAUUUCCUUUUGAAUCAUCAAAGUACACCCACCAAGCCAACUCAACAUCUACAGACAUGAUCUUUUCAACCCAUUUUCACUUUUCUGCUUUCCUCAUCAUUCAUUACUUUGCUUGAAUUAUAAUACCCUUCCCCAUCAGUCUCUUACGAUUUGUUCACUCCUUUGAUGAAUUAGUACAUAGAUUUUCCAUAGUCAGAUGACUUUUAUGUUCAUUUUAAAAAUCAAAAUCACUUUUGUAAACAUAAAUACAUACACACAAAUAUACAGAGUUAAAAUUACAAAAUCACUCCCUGGCACUCAUUUUCACAUUUAAUUCAUUAUAUUUCAUAUCUGUUAUCGUUGUUGUCGUUGUAAUUUACCUCUCAUUUUAUUUGUUUAAGUGAAAACUACCUGUUUACCCGUCUGUUUAUUUAUUGAACAGGGGGUGAAUAAGAAACAGAGGUAAUACAGUCAGUAAGUAAAACAAAUGAUGGGUUAAUGAAAGUUUAAACGGCAUCUCUUAUUAUUAUUGUCAUUACUAUUAUUAUUAUUGUUACUGUUAUGAGUAUUGUGUUAAUUUAAUAAUAAAGUACAAUAGAAAUAAAUGAAAGAAUGAGCAUCAUUUCACUCAUUG